UGGAUAUUGAGGCCAACAACUUGGCUUUUACGCGCUCGGGUCCGUUUGAGCGACCAUUGCCUACUGAAGGGAUGUUUAGGCGGGCCAAGAAAUUGGCUAACAUGAGUCUUAAAGAGAAGGAUGUAAAAAAGUUGGUCACGCUGGACCUUCUUCAGAUGGUGAGUCUGGUGCCAUGUGAGCAGGAUCUGGUGGUGGAAAGUACCACCGGGGAGAACGACACGCCUGGUCAGUCUAACGAGGGCACAGAGCAAAUGACUGAUCGGCAUUCUCCUGGGCCUUCUCCGCUUUCCCGUAGACCUGGCGACUUAGUCAUUAGAGAGCCUGAUCCUCAGCGUAGAUCUACUAUUCCCGCUCAACCUGGGAAAGGAAAAGCUAUCCAGGUUGAAGGGGAACUUAGCUCAUCCUCGGACGACGAGGAUGAGUUCCUUGAUCAGAUCUUCAACGCAGAUUCAGACAUGUUCAGAGAUUGCGUUGCUUCAAAGAGGAAAACUGGUGAUGGAAGUGGCUCUAUGCCUCCACAGAAGAUUCAGAAGGUAGUACCGCCAAGUCAAGGGAGGCAACCUGGGGGACCGACUACACUUCCGCCAUUGACCCCCUCUUCCCUUCCUCCUUCUGCGAGCCUAACUCCUACUCACCAGGGUAGUUCGAGUGAGCUUUUUCGUGCUGUUAGCGACCUGGGCAAGGGGCUUCUUGAGGAUAUUGGCCGUGAUGCAUCGACGCUUCAAAGCCUAGACUCCUACCCUCGACUUAGUGUCGAAGUUGUUUUGAAGAGAGGACUCGCUCAAUUGAUGAAGGUAAGCAUUUUUCCUCGAGAUACUUUGUUAUUAGUAUUUUUACUUGUAUUAACUUUUUGUCUUCCAUGCAGUCACUUGUCACCAUUGGUCAUGCUCAGCUUCGAGCCGUAGAUUACAAGGAGCUGAUCAAGGUGCAGGACGAUCAACUGGUGGAGGCCAGGUCCAAGCUGGAGCAAGCAGAGAGAACUAUAGCUGAACGGGACGAGUCUCUCAAAAAGCAGGCUCAAAACAAUGCUUCCUUGACAACUCAAUUGGAGAAGCAAUCCCUUGAUAUUAAAGAGUUAGUUCGAGACAAUGAGAGGUUGAUUAGCGAGAACGAAGAGCUGAAGCAAGAAAAAGAGCUUGACUUGAUUCGCUUUGAGGAGGCCAGUUUUGACUGCUUCUAUAAGGUCUGGAAGCUGAACAAGCCUCUUAAUCUUGAUUGUUUCCCCAAGGAGGCCCAAGCAGAGGAUCUUGCCAGAUGUGAAGCAAGAGCCGCUGAAGA